CAAGCUUUCGAUCUACCCUUGAUGACAAAGAUAUUUUUGAGUUACCUAGUUUUGCUAGAGCCAAAAAUAUAGUAAAAAUAUUUCAUUCUUCUAAAAAGCCUUCUAUCCUCAAGUCUUUAUUCUUAACCUUUCGAAAAGAGCUUCUUAUUCAAUUUAUUUAUUCAAUGAUUUGGACUCUGAUUCAUUCUUUUGUUCCGCCUUAUUUUCUCCAAAAAUUAUUAUUAUACGUUCAAGACUAUCCAAAUCAUAAAGAUGAGUCGCUUGUGACGGCUUAUUCAUAUGCUUUGGGAUUAUUUUUGGCAACAGUGGUGCCAAGUUUGUGUUUCCAACAGGCAUUAUAUAUUGGCCGCCAUCUGAGCAUAAAAUGCCAGGCAAUAAUCAUUGGUGAAGUAUACCUGAAAUCUCUAUCUCGAAAAGAUACAUCAGGCAUUGUUGAAAAUGAAGAAUCUAAAAAUAAAAUUGGACAGAUUACUAAUCUUAUGGCCGUUGACGCUCAAAAAAUCUCGGAUCCAUCGUCCUACAUUUUUUAUUUAUAUUCUUAUCCUUUACAAAUCAUCAUUACUAUAGCGUAUUUGUACGCCUUGCUUGGUGUAUCAGCCUUUGCAGGUGUAUUGGUCAUAAUUAUAACAUAUCCAGCACCUUCCUUUAUUAAUAAGAGAUUCGGAACUAUUCAAAACCGUCUUAUGACCGCAACUGAUAAGCGAAUGGGUGUGAUUAACGAGCUACUACAAGCCAUUCGUAUUAUUAAGUUUUUUGCAUGGGAAGACCGCUUUCGCGCGAAGGUUAUGAACACUCGUGAGAACGAGUUAAAGGAAAUCAAAAAUCGGUUAAUGGAAUUGGUUUAUAUGACCGGUCUUUGGACGACUGUACCUCUUCUAGCCAUGUUGUCUGUAUUCUUUACGUAUACAAAAUUAUUAGGCAACGAGUUGACUGCUGCUGUUGCAUUUACCGCCCUUGCACUAUUUAAUAAUCUUGGUAAUGCCCUUGCCGAAAUGCCAUUCAUGAUUACGUCCAUUAUUCAAGCUCAAGUUUCAAUUUCUCGUAUUGAAAAGUUUUUAAACGAACCAGAACUUAAUCGCAAAAAUCCUAUUCCAAGCAUUAAUGAUCCCUAUAUCGGAUUUAAAAACGCAACUUUCCGAUGGCCAGAUGGUGAAGAUUCAAUAGAUAAUUCUUCCGUUUCUGUAGAUUUAAACACGUCAAAUCCAUUGAAUAAAUUCACUUUGAUAAAUUUGAAUAUAUCUUUUCCUGUCAACGAGUUGUCAAUAAUUUGCGGACCCACGGGUUGUGGGAAAACAAGCUUAUUGAUGGCAUUAUUAGGAGAAAUGGAAUGUUUAGACGGCCAUGUGUUCUUGCCUAGGGCGAAUAUAGAAUCUCCGAAUAAAUUGGGAGGUGCGCCGAGUGGUAUUGCUUACGUUUCUCAAACAG